AUGGGGGAAAGCGCGCUAGAACCUGGGCCUGUGUCCGGGGCGCCAGCGGGGGGCCCCGUGCACGCCGUGACGGUGGUGACCUUGCUGGAGAAACUGGCUACUAUGCUGGAGGCGCUUCGGGAGCGGCAAGGGGGCCUGGCUCGGAGGCAGGGCGGUCUGGCGGGCUCCGUGAGCCGCAUCCAGAGCGGCCUGGGCGCGCUGAGCCGCAGCCACGACACCACCAGCAACACGCUAACGCAGCUGCUGGCCAAAGCAGAGCGCGUGGGCUCGCACGCCGACGCCGCCCAGGAGCGCGCCGUGCAGCGCGCCGCCCAGGUGCAGCGGCUGGAGGCCAACCACGGGCUGCUGGUAACGCGCGGGAAGCUACGUGUCUUGCUAUUCAAGGAGGAGGCUGAAAUCCCAGCCAGCGCCUUCCAGAAGGCGCCAGAGCCCUUGGGCCCAGCGGACCAGCCCGAGCUGGGCCCAGAGCAGCAGGAGGCGGAAAUUGGGGAGAGUUCGGACGAGGAGCCUGUGGAGUCUCGGGCGCGGCGGCUGCGGCGCAGCGGGUUGCAGAAGGUACAGAGCCUGAGAAGGGCUCUUUCGGGCCGGAAAGGCGCUGCGGCGCCACUACCCACGCCGGUGAAGCCCCCUCGCCUUGGGCCUGGCCGGAAUGCCGAUAGCCAGCCUGAAGCCCAGCCCGCCCAGGAGUCCACGCUGGAGCCAGAGCCGCCUCAGGACGCGCAGGAAGAUCCCGAGAGACCUGGGGCCCCGGAAGCGGCUCAGCUCCAAAUAGAAAGUGCAGCCUGA